GCGAUUGUCGUUCAGAAGAACGGACAAAUGAAUAAAAAAGUUCGGAAGCGAUUGAAGCUUAGUGAAUCACGUGGCGUCAAAUUGCCUGAUAUUCGCAUUUCGCCGCCAGCGGUAUUUUUCACAUUCCAAGUCUCCAUCCUGUGGCUUCCCAAUAUCCUGCACCCGAUUGAUCUAAAAAUAAAUCCCGCUUUAAAAGGAGGCGUGCAGCAGCUACCGACGCCACUGCAGUCCAGACUGCACGAUUCAUUGGAUAUCACAAUUUACUGGGCGGAUGAACAAGGUUUGUUUCAUCAGCUCAAUUUUUUUUUUGUGAUCAGUACGGAAAAUUUAACGUUGCUAUGA